AUGGAUCCCAUAAAGAAGCUGCAAAUGGAGGCAGGAACGGCCUUAGAUGAAUCUUCAAAGUAUAGGAGAUUAAUUGGGAGACUUCUAUACUUAUGCAUCACAAGACCCGAUAUUACUUUUGUUGUACAUAAGCUGGGCCAAUAUGUGUCGAAGCCAUGUAUAGAACACUGGCAAGCAGCUGAGAGGAUCUUGAGAUACCUCAAAAGAACUCCAUGGCAUGGACUGUUCUAUUCUAGUAGUUCGAAGCCGACACUUGGCAUAUUUUCUGAUGCAGAUUGGGCUUCAUGUCCGGAUACAAGAAAAUCUAUGACCGGAUAUUGUCUUUUCCUUGGAAACUCCAUAGUUUCUUGGAAGGCAAAGAAACAAAAUACCAUUUCCAGAUCCUCUGCCGAAGCAGAAUAUAGAGCCAUGGCUCAGGCUACGUGUGAAGUUGUAUGGGCCGUGGCUAUACUGGAAGACUUUGGAAUAAAGGUUGAGAAAUCAGUGCCUUUGUAUUGUGACAACCAAUCAGCUAUAUACAUUUGUUCCAACUCGGUUUUCCAUGAGAGAACCAAGCACAUUGAGAUUGAUUGUCACACGGUUAGAGAGAAGUAUCUAAAGGGAGUUAUUAAACCUUUGCAUAUAAGGAAUAACCUUCAAUUAGCUGACAUUUUUACAAAACCUUUGGGUGAUAGCGCCUUCAAAUCCAUCCUAGACAAGAUGAACUUUCACGGUAUAUACGAUCCAUCUUGA